AUGGCGCCCAAAAAACCUUCGACCACGGCUGAAGUCGCUCUGGUUCCUCUGAAGAAUUGUUUGGUGAACCUCCCGCCAUCGCUUGUCGCACUGCUGGUCAAUGCCAACACGACCGCGCAGAAUGUUAUUGUCGAGUUACAGUACUCCCCCACCGCGGGGAGAGCCAAUGGCAAUUCCGCACAACGAUCCUGUUAUCUGGGAUGGACGGGAAUGCCGAGUAAGCGCAAGCUCGCCCCUGUUGUUGGAAGGGAUGGCAUAAGCAGUGGGUCCUCGGCGCGAGAGCAAGAUGUAUCGACUGUCGAGCUGGAUACCACUUUCGGAAGAGUCUUGGGACUUUCCGAAGGACAGAGGGUGGGGAUAUUCAUUCAUCUGGAUCCUCCAGUUGCACAUACCAUUAACAUUGAGCCCUUGACUCCGGAAGACUGGGAGAUCAUCGAGUUGCACGCGACGUUCCUGGAGCUCAACUUGCUGUCGCAAAUCCGCGCAUUACCGAACCCAUCUUAUACUACCACCCAACCGGAUCAUAUGCAUCCUCUUGCAUUACAUCUCUCGCCAACCUCAACUGCCAACAUCGUGGUCACGUCGCUUACCCCCGCUCCGCCCAAUACGGCCGCCUUCGCCAAGAUAGCUCCCGACGCCGAAGUUAUCGUAGCGCCCAAAGUGCGGUCCAAGUCUACCAGAGGGACCCGUGGUGAUAGUCGAAGUGUCACCGGUAGUAGCCGGAGAAGCACGGGAGGAAGAAGCAGUGGAAGCGCGGCCCGGCCGAAGAGUCGCUCGGACUCGACAAGCCGAGGCUCUUUGUAUUUCAGAGGGGUUGAUCGGCAAUGGUCUGAACAAUACUUCGAUGGCGAGUCGGAUGAAGACAGCAAUGAUGGCUUCCGUGUGUGGAUUGACCCGGAUAUGCUCGCGACGAACGAACUACGCGGCGCCAGCUGGGCAUGCGUCUCGGUUGUCCAGCCUUCUGGUCUCAAACCGCCCCCGGACCCUCAACAACAAGUAAACCAAGCCGAACAACAAAAGUCCCACGAUGCCGGUGCACCCACUACCAAGCUUGUGGCCAAGAUUUUUCCUUGGGUCGACUCGCCGGACCCUCAACAUAUUGCCAUGUCGUCUCUACUGUGCUCUGGCCUUGGAGCUGAAAAUAUGGUAGGCGGCAUUGUGCGUGUUGAGGCUGCUCCCCCGCCAUUGCAGCGGUCCGCAGUAAAGUCGCUGAAAGUUUAUCCUUUCAUGACUGACGCAUCGAAGAGAAAGGAUGGGUUGAAAUUUGGUGCGGACACUGUGGCUGCGAAGGACGCUUUGGCCGAACGUCUGAAGGUUAUUUACGGCGAACCCGAGAAGGGCUUACUGUCAGGGCCCUUGACUGAUGGAAUGAUCCUCCCCAGGGCGGAGCACCCAACGGUCUCUGCUUUCGAUGGCGCCAUCAUUCGAUUCGAUCCUCCGUUGAAGAGUGGAUCCGAUGCGAACAAGCAAACCUUUGGCUGGGUGCUUGGUGCCGAUACUAAGUUGUCUCUGGACGUGCAAUCUGAAAUUCCUAGACUUUCAGAGCAAGGCUCGUCUGCCUUACCCACAGACGAUCCAAUCCCAACCGCUGUUCCUGAGUUGGUGGGAAUUGACCAGACUAUUUCGCAAUCCCUCGACAACCUGACCAAGUCUUCGUCUGUCUUGCUGACUGGUGGACUUGGGUCAGGAAAGACAGUCCUUACCCAUCUCCUGGCCCACCGCUUAAGAAAAGAGCACCUCUUCAACGUCAAAUACUUUUCCUGCCGGAAACUCGUCACUGAUGAGACUCGGAUAUCUAAUAUCAAAGAAACGCUCAACCGCCUCUUCAUGUCUGCUUCUUGGUGUGCGCGUCUCGGCGGGCAGUCGCUUGUGAUCCUGGAUGAUCUCGACAAGUUAUGCCCAGUGGAGACCGAGCUCCAAGUUGGAGGUGACAAUGGUCGGAGCCGGCAGAACAGCGAGGUGAUCUGCUCUAUGGUGCGGGAGUACUGCUCCAUGAACUCAUCAGUUGUGCUGCUGGCCACGGCACAGUCCAAAGAAUCAUUGAACAAUGUUAUCGUGGGAGGCCAUGUUGCGCGUGAGAUCAUCCACCUGAGAGCCCCUGAUAAAGAAGGACGACGGAAGGUUUUGGAGCAGUUGACCAGCCAAGACCGAGGCAACAGUAUCACGAUGAAUGGCCAUGUACGGCAAGAAAGCUCAUCCACCCAGGACUCCUGGCUGGAUCCUUCCAACCCGGGUAGCCGUCCCAGCUCUGCUGGAGCCGACGGGUUCAUCCUCGGACGGGAUGUGGAUUUCCUCGAACUGGCUGGCAAGACUGAUGGAUACAUGCCGGGUGAUCUCGUCUUGUUUGUUUCCCGUGCUCGGAACGAGGCUCUUAUUCGCUCCGUUCAGGGCCCUACGGCGGAUUCUAAAGCAAUCACCUUAACUUCCGAGGACUUUGAGAACGCCAUUAAGGGCUUUACGCCCGCAUCACUUCGCAACGUCACUCUCACCUCCUCCACGACAACAUUCGCCGCGAUUGGUGGAUUACAAGAAACCCGGCAGAUGCUCUUGGAGACGCUACAAUACCCUACCAAGUAUGCCCCUAUUUUCGCCCAGUGUCCACUGCGCCUGCGGUCAGGUUUGCUGCUGUAUGGUUUCCCGGGUUGUGGUAAGACCCUCCUGGCCAGUGCUGUGGCAGGCGAGUGCGGCCUGAACUUCAUCAGCGUGAAGGGCCCAGAGAUCCUGAACAAGUAUAUCGGCGCCAGUGAAAAGAGUGUGCGUGACCUAUUCGAGAGAGCUCAGGCGGCGCGGCCUUGUGUCCUGUUCUUUGAUGAGUUCGACAGUAUCGCGCCCAAGCGUGGCCACGAUUCUACUGGUGUCACCGACCGAGUGGUCAAUCAGCUGCUGACGCAGAUGGACGGUGCUGAAGGACUCUCUGGAGUGUACGUCCUGGCGGCCACCUCGCGGCCGGAUCUGAUCGAUCCUGCCUUGUUGCGGCCCGGUCGUCUGGACAAGUCUCUACUCUGUGACAUGCCCAACCACGCGGACCGUGUCGACAUCAUCCAGGCAGUGAGCAAAAAACUGAAGAUGAGCGAUGAGGUCGCCGCUCGUUUGGACGAGGUCGCUGCGCGGACGGAGGGUUUCUCUGGUGCCGACCUCCAGGCUGUGGUCUACAACGCCCACCUGGAAGCUGUCCACGAUGCUCUAGGGGACCGUUCGACAGACAAGCCCACGGGUAAGGGUAGCAAGCAGGCGACUAGCACCAGCAGCAAGUCCUUUAUCCAGUUCCUCUACUCGUCGGAACAGGUGAACGGGUCGGUGUCCAUGCCAGCGCCUGCGGUUGUCGCGUCGAAGUUGGAUGCCAUCAAGAGUGCUCGCCGACGCCAGCGUCAGAUGGAACAGGGAAGCAAUAGCGCUGCCGCUUCCAAUAGCGCCGUACCUGCCACGAACGGCACGACGAACGAGGAGCCUCGUGAGGAUAUCAUCGUGCGAUGGGAGCAUAUGGAGCGUUCGCUAUCCAGUACGCGCAGCUCACUCAGUGAUGCCGAACGGAGGCGACUCCAGGCGAUUUAUCGCGAGUUUGUGGUGGGCCGGAACGGCGAGAUGCCCAACGGUGAAGGGGGCCGGGAGAUUGGGGGACGAACCAGCCUGAUGUGA